UUUUUCCUUAAUUCCUCAAAAGUCCCCCAGCCUUUCCUCUAUUCUAACUGCCCCCUGCUCUGAGCAUGUAGACGCAUCUCUGAGACGGAGGAGAAGAGAUUUGUAGCUGCGGGCUUCGGAGGAGUUUUCUUUUAUGAGGAAAUGGGAUCAGCCAGCUUCACCAAUUACAGUUUAGACCUUGACACCCCUGUGGUUUUAAAUGUUUAUGAUCUCACCCCUGUCAAUAAUUAUACUUCUUGGUUUGGAUUCGGCAUUUUUCACUCCGGCAUUGAAGUUCAUGGUAAGGAGUAUGGUUUUGGAGCCCAUGAUUUCCCAGUUAGUGGUGUCUUUGAAGUAGAACCAAGGAGCUGCCCUGGAUUUAUCUAUCGAACUUCCAUCUCAUUGGGCCAUGUAAAUAUGCCCCACUCUGAAUUCCAGACAUUUAUCAGGUCUGCAGCUUCUGAGUACCAUGGGGAUACUUAUAACCUACUUUCAAAGAAUUGCAACCAUUUUACUGAUGACAUUGCAUGGAGAUUGACAGGCAAGCACAUCCCUGCAUGGGUAAAUCGGCUGGCCCGGAUAGGUGCUUUAUGUAGUUGUCUUCUUCCUGAAAGCCUUCAAGCUACAUCUGCUAAGCAGCAACCUGAGUACCAUGAAUGUACGGAAGAUGGAACUGAAUCAAUUUCAACAGCCACUCCUCGCGAGUCAAUUGAAAUUGAUUAUGAUCAAGAGAAACUCUUGUGGUCACCAUCUGCUGGAAGUUGGGAGGUUGCUUUUGUUAAAGAGACCCAGAAGUGAAACCCGGUUGCUUUCAAGGGAAAAAAAAAUUAGCCUUUGGAUUGCUUGGAAUGGCCUGCAUCCCAUCUGUUGGAGGUUAAGUUACCAGAGUACAUUUACGAUUGGUAGCACACGUGAUUGCUUGCUGGAUGUUUCCAAAUUACCCUUUUUUUUUUUUUUUUUGAAUCAUUUUUCUUCUCUUUCACCAUUCUAUUGUUUGGUUUGUUGGGGUGAAGAAUUUGGAACUAGAAAAUAGUUUGUCGUACUUGAUAUUUUGUGCUAGUGUUCAUGAUUUUGUCCAAAAAAAAUUUACUUUGCUUUUCA